CUAGCAAGUAAUCUGCUCUGUGUGUAACCAUUGCAAUGGUGCAAUCCUGCCUACCUGUGCAACCAAGGUUUGAAAUGAUGCAUCAUGGGAGUUUUAUUCAUUGUGAGUGAAUUCAUGCUGGGUUUAGAAGACUUGUAAAAUGGAUGGAGAAUCUUCCCUGGAGAGAUACUUAGAUCAAUGUGAAGCUGAGGAUGCACUUGACUCUACGUCUCAACUGUACACUCCUAUGACGCCAUAUGAUGACCUAAAUAUACAACCACUCCCUGGUACUUCAUAUACAUCGGGUUUGGAUCAAUCCAAAGACCUUUCAGCAGACUUCUCUUCAGUUGACCUCAGUUUUCUGCCUGAUGACCUCAAUCCAGAUCAUGAAGACAAAGAUGACUACCAAGGACAUCAAUACUCGUCUCAGAUGCAGGACAGUGGCAUUUGCAUGGAUACUUCUGUCCUAUCUCAGCCAUUCACCCCCUCAGAAAACAGGGAUGCUUCUAAUCUCUGCCCUAUGCCCAUUACCCCUAUGACCCCAAUGACUCCCAUGACCCCUGUUGCUGAGAUGUCUGGAAUAAUUCCUCAAUUACAAAACAUUGUGUCCACAGUGAAUCUAGCCUGUAAACUUGACUUAAAGAAAAUUGCCUUGCAUGCCAGAAAUGCAGAAUACAACCCGAAGAGAUUUGCAGCAGUUAUCAUGAGAAUCCGGGAACCCAGGACAACAGCACUUAUAUUCAGCUCUGGGAAAAUGGUCUGUACUGGGGCAAAGAGUGAGGAGCAGUCCCGGCUGGCAGCGAGGAAGUACGCGCGUGUUGUACAGAAGCUGGGGUUUCCUGCUAAAUUCCUUGACUUUAAAAUUCAGAACAUGGUGGGAAGCUGUGAUGUGAAAUUCCCAAUACGCCUGGAAGGUUUGGUCCUGACUCAUCAGCAGUUUAGUAGUUAUGAACCUGAAUUGUUUCCAGGACUUAUUUACAGGAUGGUGAAACCAAGGAUUGUGCUGCUCAUAUUUGUGUCCGGAAAGGUUGUAUUAACGGGUGCAAAAGAACGGUCGGAAAUCUAUGAUGCUUUUGAAAAUAUAUAUCCUAUACUGAAGGGUUUUAAGAAAACAACAUAAUGCAGACACCAAAAAAGACUCAUCUUGUGCGUAUAAUAUUUUUAAUGUAAAUAGUUCUAAAAAAAAAAAAAGUUUACAAUUGGUUUUUGCAUUAACUUUAUAUGUGUGGCCUUUGAUUUAAGCAUUUCCUUCCCGAAUUUACACAUUUAUGUCAGAUGAAAAAAACAUGUUGUACUGUGGGUGUACAUACAUCGAAACUGUCCAGAUUUUCGCAGGACAGUCACAUUUUUGGGGGCACAAGAACAAUAGAGAUAAAGUGCUU